AUCGGUGGCCUGUAUUCGUACAAACUUCCAUACCAAAGGUGCUAGACUACCCGAUUCGUUCGUUGACAACAAGCUGGUUCGUACUCAAUGGAAAUGCAUUUCACUACUCGCCAUUUUAAUCUCAUCCAUUAGGGAGUUCACGGCCGGUCUCGUCCGCUUUCUGUAUGCAGAUGGAUGGCGAUCCCGCAUUCGCGGCCUUAUUACCGUAAUAAAUGCAUCGCGGAAAUGAGUUGAUGUCGCAGCAUAUACCUUCUUUGAGAUCUAGUGUGGAUUGAGGAGUGGUAGGACACGUAGGAGAGUUGUGAUUUGUGACAGGUGUAACGGCCCACAUUUAGUAAUUUAUCUCUUGCUUUCAACUUCCACUACCCCCUCGCUCCUUCUUACCUCAAAAGCAUCCUCGCGCUACGUGGGCUUCUAUUUGGUCUCGAUAUUACACAUAUAAGAUAGUGCCGACAUACUCAAUGUCACUAACAGGCCAUCAUUGAGAAUGUCACACAAGUUACCAGAUGUUUUAGUCGAAGAGCGUGUCGCCCAACUUGCCGUGAUAUCGAAGAGAAGGAAUGAACUCCUAACCGAAAUGUACCAUUUGUUGCGACGAAGGGACAACAUUGGUGCUGUUUACAUGGUACAGGAGGGUGGAGACGACCUGCAAGGAUUCCUGCAGAAAUAUGAUAUAAAUAAGAAUCCUGACACUGGGAGCAUCAAUCAUCUCCCAGGUCUCGAUAUUGCGUAUUUCGUGUCACCUUCACAACCGACCUUUGAGCCUAGCGCGUCAGCAGCGGAAUAUAUCGAUGACGUUUAUCAGGGCAGCAGUCCCGAGCCGUGGACAAUGGAGGAUACGUCUAUGGAAGGCAACAAUGUUGUUCAUACCGCAGCCCAACGCUCGGGCGACCGUAGUCCUACGGAAUCUGAGGAUGAACUGAACAUAGUCGGCCCUUCAAGACCUCAUAGCAGCGGUCAAGUUAUACCACACCGCCCAAGCAUUCCCGUUUACGUCGCGUCAAUGGAGAACACAAACGUUUCCAUUGUGGACAUCGUGCCAGACGAAAGGGACUUAGAUGAGACUGACACGUCAUUGCCCCCUAUAACCGAAGAGGCGAUUGGUGAAGACAUAUUGAUGCAGGAUGUCGAAGAACCCGCCAUCAUAGAAGUACAAGCAUUCUCCGACGUCGUCCAGCCUUUCCCCCAGCAUCAUACCGCAAUUGCGAACCUCAAGAAGGAAGAGGAAGAGGAAGAGGAAGAGAAAGAGGAAGAGGAAGAGGAGGAAGAGAAAGAGGUCAUAGUGCAAGAUCAUAUAGUGACGUCGACAGUAGUUACGCCCUCACGGCCGGCAGGUCCCGUGAAUCCGCAACAAGUUCUUUUUGUCAAUCGCCAGGCGACUCUCGAAACUCAACAUCAUGGAGCAACUAUGAAGACUGAGCCCUUGAUACUCGCCCAACCUAGUAUUGCAUCCGAGUUUCGUCAUAUAUCCCCUCAACAACUUCUGCAGAGCUCUUUACGAAUACUUCCUUCUGUGCGGCCUGUAUACAUCCCUACACCGACGGAGUCGUUUCAAGGACUUCCACAGUAUAAUUUUGACCUUGGAUCUCCUACCCAAACCUCACCGCCAACACCUGUGUCUUCACCCAAACCACAUUUACAAUUUGACCCCCAGUACACCUUGCCGCCAAUAAAAACUCUACCUGCCGAAUUCAGUAGGCGGGGUAAGCUUUCGAAGCAACUGCGCAAGAAAGAGAAGGAGCGUGAGAAAGGAGAGACGAAGAAGGACAAGGACGAUUACAUUCCCAUGGGCUUGAACAGAUGGGGUUUUACUAUUAAUGCUAAUUCUCUGUGGAAGAAGGUGUCAAAGGCGACGAAAUGCCUCACUACGCGCGAUUGGAGUAUCGCCAUGGCUGAGCUUAGACUUGCUAGAACCAUUGAUCGAAUCGAGACGCUCAAGGACGCUGGAAAGUGGAGUUUUAGGCAGCCUAAGAAACAGCGGUCUGUUGAUACUAUUCCGAAGACUCAUUGGGAUUACCUCAUGGAUGAAAUGAAAUGGAUGCGAAUUGACUUUCGGGAGGAGCGAAGAUGGAAAUACGCUGUUGCUUAUAACCUGGCGCAGUCGGUUUUGGAAUGGCACAAGGCAGGCUCUCCGGAAGAGCGGGUGAAGAGAGGCAUCUGCGUGAUGUGGCGACGACCACUGGAAGGCCAAAGUCCUGAGAUCGAGCACUCUGAUCCCGAUCCAGGUCUUAUGGAUAUCGACGACCCUCCCCAUUCGAGCGAUGCAAACCGAUCAUCGAUGCUCAUUCUUGACUAUGCAUCAGAUGAAGACGAUAACGACGAACAAGAUAAGGAAAGCGUCGUUGAUGCUAUCGGGAGCUCGACCCUAAUCGAGGAUGCCCUUCAAGCCAUCGAAGCCAAUGUCGAAGACAAUCCUGGGCGGAUUGAGCUCGAGCCAAAGAAGGAGGAGAUUGACCUGACGGGGACUCUCGCGGAUGGCGAGGACACGGAUGCUGAUCAUCAAGCUACCCAAGAUAGUGAAGAAUUAGUACAAAAGACCGAGGAGCCGGAUGUCUCGGCCCUUGGUCUAAAAGCAAGUUCCAGUGACCCUAUUCUGACUUCUUCUACAUCCACAUCACAAUCCGUUUCCGGUGAACACGAACCAACUUUACCCACCUCGAAGUCUUUCAGGAUUAACAUGUACACACCCAUCCGUGAACGAGUCGCCUAUUCCGAUGCAGACAAACUAUUUCUCGACUUCGAUGAUUUUAAAAUUUCUGAUGGCGAUCCGUCGAGUGAAGAAGUUACAGAGAUAUCCCUACCCCCUGCCGAUCUAUCCGACAUAUUCCCUGAUUUACAGGUUUGGAAUCUCAUUGAUCCCCCUUCUGACAGUUCAGUACCACCGCCUCCUACAGAAGGAAAGAAAAAGGACAAGAAAGCUGAAGAUAUACACAGGCGGGUUGACGAGUUCAACUACUCGAAGGUUUUUCCGGUCGGGACGUUCAUGAUGACGAGACCAACGCUUGUAAGCGCUCUCCAGCCGGCGAAACGCUGGAGAGACGGACAGUGGCUACCCUUCGAGGAGAACCCGAUCGUGGAAUCUGAUGCUCCAUCAAGCAAAGUUGUGGAUGAGUCCGCUAGUGAUCUAUUUGGUCGUGUCACUAUGAGAAGUCGACCCGACACGGAGCCUCCUUUGACCCUUAGCUCCAAAAAACCUGAUAUUAUGUGGUUACCUAAGGAGGAUGAUCUUCUUAAAAGCCUCGUUAAUACAUAUGGGUCCCUCGACAAGGACAGGAACUGUAAUUGGAAGCUUAUCGCUGAAUGCUUCAAUUCGUCUCGCAUUACUGUACCUUCUGACCGACGUGGACCCCGGGAAUGCUAUGCACGGUGGAAGGAAAGAUGGGCCGAUGUGGGCCAUAAAGACCAAGAUACCCUUUUAACCAGCCCUGGGAUAACCAUUCCUGUGCCAGCUGCACAGAUGACAACCAGAGGAGUCAAGCGAUUGGCUAGUACUAGUGUAUCCAGCACCACAGCCCCGAGUCUCCCAGGAAUGGACGUGGAGCCCAAGAAUAAGCGUCACAAGACGGUACAAGAUUCCAUGCGGAAACUGAUCAAGCGGCGCGCAGAAUUAACUGCCAAAAACUCUCCUAGGAAAUCCAGCACUGUCCAUGAGACACACGGCCAAUACGCUAAGAUGCCUAAAUUAGCUCCUGCUGAUCUGGUCAGGAUCAAGAUGGAUAGAGAUAUGAGAGACGUGAAAGAUUAUGCUUUGCUGGUAAACGCAAAGGCACAACAGCAGCAACAGCAGCAACAGCAACAGCAACAGCAACAACAGUCUCAGCAAGGUCAACAAGCACAACCUGCACCGCAAGCGCAGUCAGCUCAGGCAGCGCAACCAACUCAGGCAGCGCAACAGCCGCGCGCGUCCCCGGCCAAUAGCACACCUGUUGCCAACGGACAGACGCAGAGUUCUAACGUACAGAGGACAGCCGGGCAAGCUUUACCUACUCAAGGGAUGGUGUCCACCAGCAUACCGAUCCGCAAUCAAGUCAACAUAUCUCAGCAGCAGCGAAUAGGUACCCCGCUGAUCUCAGGAAAUAGUCGACUUUCGCCACAACAAAUACUGCGAAACCAACAGCAGCAAGCCCAAUUAGCUCAGCAACAGCAGCAACAACUAACGCAACAGCCGAUCCCCCAGUCGCAUCAAUCGCUCACGACCCAGCAGAUCCAACACGCCAUUGCCCACUUGCAAGCACAGACAGCUGCGGCUGCUGCUGCUGCUGGUCAGACCACGGCGAGUGUCAGUGUCAACGGGGCUCAUUUGUCGCCGCCGUUCGGCGCACGCGAUGCAACAUCAUCGCCUCAGAUUAAUAACAAUGGCCUUGCCAAUUCAGUCAGCUCUCCACGACCUCCGUCGACGCAGCCUCAAACGCAGGUAUCGGUGCCUGUCCAGUCUCAAGUUCCUCGUGCGACCAAUGUCCCGUAUUACCUACCGAAUUAUACGCAAGAGCAACUUCAAAAUGCGUUGCGGUUGCAGGCGUUGCAACAAGCACAGGUGCAACAGCAACAGCAACAGCAAGUUCAACAGCAACAGCAGCAAAACCAGCAGCAGUCUUAGGUUGGGUAUGUGCUGAGGGGUAUUGAUAAGUCUUGUAAUCAUUUUUGUUCUUUCUAUACUAUUGGUUGCAAAUGCAUCAUAUUCAUGAAACUUU